AGCUUUUUAACUUGGCCAGAGUCGGUCGCUUGUCGCGCGCUAAAUCGCCAGUUGUGCAAUCUCUCCAUCUCUCUCACACACACACAGAGAGACGGCUCAAGCGUUGUGCAUUUUGGAAAGGUGCGCGCGUGCGCGGUAAAAAGUGAACUAAAAUAAAGACGAGCGAGUGUUCUGCAAGACGAAGCGUGAAGUGCAGCACGCUGUUCUGUGUGUUAUUGUUUUUGUUUUUGUUUUUGUUUUGUUAUUUGUUUGGCAAAAGCAUGCGGAAAAUCUGAUCUGAUCUGAUCUGAUUUGAUCUGAUCCUGAGCUCUUGCGCAAUUCGCCGUCAAGGUAUCGCUAUCUCAGUAUCGUCUGACAAUUGCGCUCGUGUGACACUUUUCUCAUUGCAAACUGGUUGCAACGCGCGCUGCCCUAAAGCACCGUUGCGCCGCCCGCCUCUAUUUCACCUGCGCCGACGCCACAGAACGCGGUCAUGUUCAUUUCGUGUCGCCGCUAACGCUGGCUUUCCAGAUAAACAGACGUCACCAACAAUAGAAACUUUGAAGAGCACGCUGCUCCAGGAUGUCGGACAUAUACUACUGCAGCAAUAGCCAGAUCAAAAAAGCUCGCGACGCGGACAAAAAUGCUGCCGGCGGUAAUCCAAUGGCAACAACAGUAACAAACACAUCAGGAACAACAACUACAGCGGCAGUUGACAAAAAGAACAACAACAACAACAACAAUCACUGCAGCAGUAAUCGUAACAGCAGCAAAGACAAAAGCAAAGAGAUGCAGACAAAUGGCGGCAAAAGCAAUUGGAAGGGCCUCGUCCAAAGCAAUCCCAAUGGCAACGGCGUCUUGCCAGCAACAGCAACAUCCCAGCCAGCCAAGGUUUUCCACAACACACGCUGUACGCGACACCACAAGCCCCAUCACAUCCACAGCAAUGGCGGCGGCGGCGGCGGCGGCGGCGGCGGCGGCGGCGGUGGCGUUGCAGUAGCAGCAACUGUGGCAUCCGUACCUGGAGCUGAUCAACGAGAUGGGGAUCGGCACCAUCAGCAUCAGCAUCAGGCACAACAACAGCAACAGCACCACCUGCACCACAUGCACAGCCACAGUCAUAACCAUGCCCAUCAUGGUCUGCGUCGCAAGUCAGAGUCUGUGCUAUCCACCGACUCGGACAUACGCUUCACCCGCCGCAAGCUGGGUGAUAGCCAGAAGUGCGGAUGCGCUGUGAUAGCCGGCUUCCUUAUCGCUCUGCUGGUGGCCGGCGCCUUUGUUUAUAUAGGCUAUACAUACUUCCGGCCGGAGCCGCUGCCGGAUCGCGUGUUCCGUGGCAAGUUCAUGGUGCUGAACGAUAAAUGGAGCAUGGAGCUCGCCAAUCAAAACUCGCUCCGUUUCCAGCACAAGGCACGUGACUAUCGGGAGCGCAUCAAUCUAACGUUACGUCGCUCGGACUUGCGUGAGGCGUACGAGGGCAGCGAGAUUCUGGCUCUAGAUGGCAGCGAGGACAACAACAACAUUAUCGUGCACUUCAACAUGAUAUUCGAUCCGUAUGCGGGUCUGGUCAGCAGCGGAGAGUUGCUGGCGCUUUUCCAUGAAGAGCUAAGCGAUGCACAAAGUCGGCAUUUUGCCAACAUGACCGUGGAUGUGUCUAGCGUGAGCAUUAAGGAAACCACCGGCCAGAUCGAGGAGCCCAUCAUGUCCAGCUCACCGCUUGGUGGCCAUGAUGAGACCACCGAGCCGACCACUACAACACCACGUCCACUGCCACGCCGAUGCGAGCCACUGCAGCUGAACUAUUGUCGCAAUGUGGGCUACAAUGUGACUACCUAUCCGAAUAUGCUGGGUCACGCUACCUAUGAGCAGGUGGUCGAGGAUGUCAUUGUAUUCCGCGAAAUCGUUGACGGCGAGUGUUUCCGUGAGGCCUACGACUUUGUUUGCCGCCUACUGCAGCCACCCUGCGAGACGCACGGCAUCAGCCAGGAGCCGACGCCCGGCGCCAUCUGUCGCGAGUAUUGUGAGGCGUUCAUGGCCGGCUGUGGUGGCAGGUUGCCGGCACGCUUCCGUCAGCACUUUGAUUGUGAACGCUUUCCAGAGUCGACGGGCACACAGUCGUGCCAGCAGAAGCCUCACUGUGUUGGUGACAUGCAGAGCAAUGUGCAGAGUCCGCGCUUAUGCGAUGGCUACGCCGAUUGUCCGGAUCUGUCCGAUGAACGCAGCUGCGCCUUUUGCGCCGCCAAUGCGCUCUACUGUGGACGCGGGCGCGCCUGUGUGCCGCGCAAGGCGCGAUGCGAUGGCAAGGCCGACUGUCCGGAUGGCGCUGACGAGAAGGAUUGCCUUUCUAUCGCUCCAUUGGCCGCGGAUCUACUGAAACCCGAGCCCUUGGUUCCGUAUUUGCCGCGCUUCCAUGCCGCCGGCUAUGCUGUCUUCUCCGAGAAAGGUGUGGUGGGCAAACUGUGCGCUGAGGGCCUAGAGGGUGAUGCCAAACUGGUGGUACGCCAGACCGUCUCGGAAUCCUUAUGCAAAUCGCUGGGCUAUGAAUCUGUGGAAAUCUUUGAUGUACAAAAUGAUACGGAACAACUGUCGGACUAUGUGCGCGUUUUAGAUCCGCAUGCGCCGGAGAUCAGUUUCAUACGAACCCACUGCCCCAAGAGACAGGUGCUCUAUGUGGGCUGUGGCGAUUUGCGUUGCGGGGUGCAGUCGGCGCUGCCCAAUGCCAAGCAGCAUCUGUCCCUGCCAAAGAUGUCGGCUCCGGGUGAUUGGCCAUGGCUGGUGGCAUUGUUCCGCGAGGACAUACACGUCUGUGAUGGCACGCUCAUAUCACCGGACUGGGUGCUGACCACAGAGGGCUGCUUCCAGGGCCAGCCAAGAGCCACCUGGAUGGCAAUAGUGGGUGCAGUUCGUUUGUCAGCGAAGGCGCCGUGGACACAACGUCGCCGUAUCAUUGGUAUGAUCAAAAGCCCUGUUGAGGGCUCCACAGCGGCACUGGUCCGCUUGGAGACGCCGGUCAGCUUCUCGGAUCAUGUGCGUCCCAUUUGCCUGCCGGACGCACUGCAGCGCCAGCAGCAGCAAACGCCCAUACAACGGCGCGCCUACGUACCAGUCGCUGAGCGAUUAGAAGCUCCGCCAGCCCAGCAUACCCAGCGCCGGCUGGCCCAGGAAACUCAACAGUUCUUCCUUAUACCCUCACAACACGAACAACAGGAGGGGUCCGGUGCCAGCGCCGAUGAUCAUGAAGACACUGUUGGCUAUGACUACCUGAAGGCUGAGUCUGCUGCAUCCCAAAUGCCGCGUGCCGAGGCACUGCAGCAGGUACCGGAUGGUGUGGAGCACCCCCAGCUGAACGCCUAUCCGUUGCCCGACAGUGCCCCGCAAGUCAACUACUAUGGCGCAUCCUCCUCUACACUGGCGGCCAAGACCACCAAGGCACCCAGCACACCAGAACAGAUCUGGACAAACUGCAACACGCUCGGCUGGUCCCGGCAGCGCGAUCAUCUGCAGCGCGUGCAGCUUAAAAUUGGUGAUAUGGCGCCCUGCGAGAAUAUCUCCAUAACGACGGUCAACUCCAUGUGCAUGGAGGCAACCUACCAGAAAUACGACUGCUCGCAAGAGGAAUACUCUGGCGCGCCCGUACAAUGCCUCAUACCGGGCACUAAUCAAUGGGCCCUAAUUGGCGUCUCAUCCUGGCGGAUUGCCUGUGGACCGACGGGCGUCGAGCGGCCACGCAUGUACGAUAAGAUUGCAUCCAAUGCGGAUUGGAUACGGGAGACGGUGAACGCGGUGUAGCCAGUAGCCUGUAGCCUGUCGCCUGAAGCCGUCAGCGGUACAUUUAUUACUCGGGCUUUCUGUAAAAACUAACGUGUAUUAUGUAAAAAGCUAGAAGAAGCAACCUUAAACGUAAUUUACCGCA